UUGAAAAAUUGUGGCACUGCCGCCGUUGCUUUUCUUUGACCUUCGCGGAUAUUUUUCUACGCCUGGAAAUCUGAAUUCGCCAUAUCACCCUCUAACUUCGGCGUAAACUGCCCAGAAGCCCAUCUUCAGCUAAGCGUUUGGCGCACCUCUUAACCUCUUCAACCAUUGCGAUGGCAUUCUCUGCAAAGUUACACCCGAUUUCGCCACCAUCCCUUGUUUUUUCCUGCAAAUCCCGCAGACCCUUUUUUCAGCAAAAUUCUUAUUUUCUAAAACCCCUUACAAUUAGAGCUUCAACAACUCUAGAUUUCUCCAAAUCCUCUUCAGAUGCGACAUCCUCGAUCCCAUUAAAGGCUAGUAACUGGCAGUGGAAAUUCAAAGACAAUCUUAUAAACAUCUAUUAUGAGGAGUACGAGAGCCAGAGUGCUGAGCCACCUAAAGAUAUUCUCAUGAUACCGACGAUUUCUGACGUUAGCACUGUGGAGGAAUGGAGAAUAGUGGCGAGGGAACUUGUACAAAGGGAUGGAAAUGUCAAUUGGCGUGCUACUAUCAUUGAUUGGCCCGGUCUUGGUUUCUCUGAUAGGCCAAAGAUGGAUUACAAUGCCGAUGUUAUGGAGAAGUUCUUAGUGGACUUGAUCAAUGCUCCUGAUGGUCCAGUAAGCAGCUCAAAAGGUGACUUGGUGGUAUUUGGAGGUGGGCAUGCAGCUGCCAUAACAAUUCGUGCUACGAAUAGGGGUUUGGUGAAGGCAAGGGGCAUUGCCGCAGUUGCACCCACAUGGGCUGGGCCACUUCCUAUUGUAUUUGGUCGAGAUUCCAACAUGGAGACGAGGUACGGAUUUCUUAGAGGCACAUUAAGGGCACCUGCUGUUGGCUGGAUGAUGUAUAAUUUACUUGUCAGCAAUGAAAAUGCAAUUCAAUCACAGUAUAAGUCUCAUGUCUAUGCCAACCCAGACAAUGUUACUCCAGAAAUCAUAGAAAGCAGAUAUGCACUGACGAAAAGAGACGGUGCCCGUUAUGUGCCUGCAGCUUUCUUGACCGGUCUUCUUGAUCCGGUUAGAUCCCGGGAAGAGUUUGUCGAACUGUUUGCAGGGUUGGAUGGAAAGAUACCGGUUUUGGUCGUAUCAACAGAGAAAUCUCCAAAGAGGUCAAAGGCAGAAAUGGAAGCUCUACGAGAUGCCAAAGGGGUGAGCAAGUUUGUGRAGGUGCCAGGAGCCCUUCUGCCACAAGAAGAGUACCCAACAGUAGUUGCAGAGGAGCUUUAUCAGUUCUUGAAGGAGAAUUUUGAGGGUACAAGUUGAAACACAUUUGUAAGUUGAACCUCAAAUUUUCGAAAAAUAUCGGUAUAGCGAAAGAAUAUUAUUUUCCAUAGACUGAAGCACUUCUCUUAUUCUUCUGCUGUUUUGUGCAUUGGCCUCAUUAAAAUAAAUGUAGAAUACAGGACAUCUGUGUCAUUGCUUGUGUUAUCAAUAUACUUUGGUCUUCUCGAGAUUUAGUUUA